GUGCGGAUCCCGGGACGGACCUGCGCGGGACGGGGAUGCUGGGCCUGAUGCAGAUGCUCUAUUUCGUCAUGGACGCUCGGACGCUGCCGCUGGCUCAGGAGAUUUUCCAGCUGUCCCAGCACGAAACCCAGAAUUUCCCCUUCUGCAUCAUGUCCGUGAACAUCACCCGCAUCGUCAUCCAGGCCCUGAGGGAGGAACGUCUCUCCAGGGAGUGCAACCGCCGGCAGCAGCAGCAGGUCAUCGCCGUGCUGAACGACCUGUACGCCGCGGCGUUCCUGCAGCUCUACCGCGUCUGGAAGCGGCAGCACAAGACCGUCGCCGACUCCGGCUUCCUCCUGAAAGAGCUGGAAUCAUCCACCAAAAAGAAACCGAAGCAGCUCCUGAAAUCCCUGGAGGCCUACGUGAACCGAAAGGCAGACGGCCUUCAGCAGCCAUCCUCUCCCUCCACCGACAGCAGCCGGGCUGGCGAGGAGAUGGACUUCACGGGCGUUUGCGACCUG